AUGGCGACAAUUCAAAGAAGACGGCAUUUCGGUCUGGCUUCUUCGCUCGGCGAUCAUGUUUGUUGUCGGUGUUUGUUACUUAUUUUGGCUGUGCUUUUAAAUGUGACAUGUUCGGUACUGUCGGAUACCCCGCAGUGGCUGGACCCGUUGGCUAGCCACGGGAAGAGAAUACAUUUAAGGAAUAUUGAUUUGAGCUCAUCACCGAUUGAAGAGAAUGAAAAGAGCGAUUAUUCAACAUCGGAUUUAGUAGAGGAUGAGGGAUACCUAACAGAUACCCGGCAAGAAGCUGUGAACCCAGGGAAUAUUGGCGGUGUUGUUAUUCAGCAAGCUUCUCAGGAUUUAUCUGCUCGACUACGAUGGCUUAGCAAUGAUGAAAUUGGCAUUACGAAUAUGCAG